ACCAUGGAUAGUAGUUUUUGAGUGUUAGAACGAGAGCUAGAAGUCGGAUCGAAAUCGGGAAGAGUCCUUUUAUUUUCAUCCGAAACAAGUGCAGUAAAAAUUCCAAUUUAUCGGUGGAAUCGUUCCGUGAAUUGUCCAAGGUUCUUGUUCCGAUAUUGUGGCGAAGUGAAUUACGUGUCGGAAUGUAGUUAAAUGUCCGAUUUCUCAUCUUUUCGACUCGCUGAAGCAAGUAUCUGCUGAUAAAGGAUAGGUGAAGAAAAAAGGUUCGCUCUUAGCUGGAAAAAUAAUCGAUAAUCUUACUGUGUGUGACCUAUUAGAACGGAAACGGUGAAAAAUCAGGAAAAUUUUCUGGUCAGUGUGAAAUCUUGGGAGGAAAAGUGCAAUUUCAGGUCACUUGAUCUACGAUUCGACUGGGUUGGCAUCAGGAAACACCCUUUCGAGUUUCUUUUAACCAAAAGAUAGCAGAUUGGUGGCAUUUUGGUUCUACUGGAAGCGUACAAUUAACACCAGGACAACAGAUUCCUGUAACCCAUUUGGUGGUCUAGAAAGCGAAAAUGAGUGCGGCGGCUGAUCCGUUCGUGAUUACAUCCCGUGAGAGGGCCAAGUACGAUGAGCAGUUCAAGUCAUUGCAGCCGAUCAACGGAGUUGUGACCGGUGGCCAGGCCAAGGGCUUUUUCCUGCAAAGUCAACUUCCUCCGCUGAUUCUGGGCCAGAUUUGGGCUCUUGCUGAUACAGACUCCGAUGGAAAGAUGACUCUCGGUGAAUUUAGCAUCGCUUGUAAGCUGAUCAAUUUAAAGUUGCGUGGGUUCGAAAUUCCGAAAACUCUUCCACCCACAAUGAUUGCGUCACUUACUGCGGUUGGUGGAACACCCAUCCUUACGCCAACCUCUGGGCUGAGUCCUCUAGACCCUCUUAAGUCCCUCAGCGGAUCAAUUGGCAACAUGGCUCCAGCAGUUCCGCCACAACCAGCAAUGAUUCCUCAUGCAGUUCCCCAGGCCGUUGUUCCGCCAAUGAUGAGUAACCAAAUGAUCGGUAUGAUUCCGCAGCAGCCGUUGAUGCCAGGUGGAGUUCCAGUAAAACCUGCUAUCCCGCCACAACCUUUGAUUGCCACGGCUCAACCUCCCAUGAUGCCGAUGCAACCACUCAUCCCGGGUGCAGGUGUUGUGCCACCUAUGAUGCAACAGCAACCUCUCAUUGCCGGAUUGGGAGGAAUGCCUACUGCGCAACCUAUGGGCACCAUUCCAGCAGGCGUUGGUAUUGUUAAACCGUUGAUAGAUCCGGUAGGGGGCAUCGCAAGUCCUCCAUUAGUGGCCAGCGUUCAGCCUGUUAUGCCAUCAGUUAUGGGAGUUAUUCCUCCCGCUGUGCCGCCGUCAAUUGUGGCAGCCUCAGUUCCUGCUCCACCUACGCCCCCAUCCGGUGGAGGAACUCCCCAAAGGUCGAUGUCCAUCUCGGAAAAGGCACCGUCCAUAGAAUCUCCGCAAGUUGAAUGGGCUGUCAAAGGCCCGACCAAGCUUAAGUACACUCAGCUGUUCAACACCACCGAUCGCAACAGGUCCGGCUUCCUAACAGGACCACAGGCUCGAAAUAUCUUGAUCCAAUCGAAACUACCCCAAGCAUCGUUGGCCCAGAUCUGGGCCCUCUCCGAUAUCGAUGCCGAUGGACGGCUGGGUUGCGAGGAAUUUGUGCUAGCGAUGUACCUGUGCGACCAGGCACUGCAGGGCGAAAAAGUUCCGGCUACACUGCCUCCUGAGCUGAUUCCUCCAUCCUUCCGGAAAACAACUUCGCGCCACGGAUCAACGGUAACAUCGCGGCAUGGAUCCGUUUCCUCUCAGGGUGGUACACCGGCCCACGUUGCUGCGGCUGAAGCUGAUCCACUGUCCGGUUUGCCACAAACUUCGUUCGAAGACAAACGCAAGGAAAACUUCGAUAAAGGACAAGCAGAACUUGACAGAAGACGCAAAGCACUCAUGGAUAUCCAGAAGAAAGAACAGGAGGAACGCGAACGCAAGGAACGUGAAGAACAGGAAAAGAUCCGCAAAGCUAAGAUGGAGGCAGAGUUGAAGAAGCAACAAGAACUGGAGAAAGAACUUCAACGCCAACGAGAACUGGAGCAAGAACGCGAGGAGCAACGUAAACGGGAACUUGAGAAAAAAGAACUUGCUAGAAAGGAACUGGAAAAGCAGCGCCAACUCGAAUGGGAAACGCAAAAGAUCGCAGAAAUGCAACAGCAGCGACAACGUGAGCAGGAAAAUGUACUCAAACUGAAAGCCCAGAAUCAGUCGCUAAGUGUGGAAUUGAGUACGUUCAAUGAAAAAAUUAAAGAACUUUCCCAAAAGAUUUGCGACACUCGCGUGGGCGUUACGAAUGUGAAGAGUACCAUCGACGGAAUGCGAACUACCCGGGACACGCAGAUGAGUGAUAUGGCCCAGCUGAAGGCUAAGGUGAAAGAUCAAAACCAAAGAUUGGUGCAGUUAAGUCAGGAGAAGGCCAAGAUGGACGCUAAAAAUAAGAUGGGCGAAACGGAGAGUCAGCUACAGUUUACUAACAAACAACUAAUAAUUCAACAACUAAAAGACAAACUGGAAAAUACUAAAGAGCAAAUGGAAAACAAGAGUACCGACAUUAAGAUCAACUCCGAACAACUGUCUGAACUGAAAUCUCAACUGACCGAUUUGAUUGAUUCCUGCGAAAAGCUGUACUUAGAAUAUGACAUGCAAAGAAUACAGAUUCUCGAGAUGAAAAAUAAUCGUAAAAAUGAAUCUUACACGAGCUCUUGGGACACGGGAAGUUCGUGGCCGGUUGAUAAUACGCCUGCCGUCGCGGAAACGGUAUUACCGAGUGAAUCCAUCAAAACUCCACCUGGCUACGUGAAAUACCGAGCAAUCUAUGAAUUCAGCGCUCGAAAUGCGGACGAAAUUUCAUUCCAGCCGGGCGAUAUAGUGAUGGUACCACUAGAACAGAACGCUGAACCGGGAUGGCUAGCAGGAGAAAUCAACGGCCACACGGGCUGGUUUCCGGAAACCUAUGUGGAGAAGGUAGAUAGUAAUCUGAAUACCGUAGAACCCACGCCUGCAGAAACUAUUGCCUAUGCAGAACCGGCAGCUGAUUUCAGCGCUGCUCCAACCAACGAAGUAGAAGGUAUAUCGUCUUAUGUAGCCACCAAUUCAGGUUUAGAUAAUACCACCGGUAAUAAUAAUGCUGUUGAUGAACAAUUUGCAGCGACAUACAAUGGUGAUGUAGAGUAUUAUGUAGCAUGUUACGCGUAUCAAUCAGCUGAAAUAGGGGACUUGGUGUUCGACACUGGGGAGAUUAUAGCUGUGUCUAAAAAAGAAGGAGACUGGUGGACGGGAAAUAUAGGCAAUCGAACUGGCAUCUUUCCUUCAAACUAUGUACAGAAACAGGAAUCUGUAAGUACUGCCCUAGAGUCCAGUAGUGAAGCUAGUGUAGUAGUAACCGAAAAACAAGAGGUAAUAAACGGAAAUCAACAAGCAUUUAACCAAACACAGCCGCAAGAGGUAGACACCAAACGAAAGCAAUCAACGCAGGACGCCGAAGAUGCCAGAAACCAAGCGGAAGCGGAUUCGGAAGUGUCCCAAAUCAAUACUCAGCCACCACCUGCACCGGCCGCCAACGAAGAAAACACCCGCUACUCAUCGAUGUCCAUGUCCGCCACGCCCAGCCUGCGAAGGAAGGGAGAAGUUGCACAAGUGAUCGCUCCAUACGAGGCUACCAGUUCCGAACAGCUGUCUCUCACUCGCGGUCAGCUGAUCAUGAUCAGGAAGAAGACUGAUUCCGGUUGGUGGGAGGGAGAGUUGCAGGCCAAAGGAAGACGGCGACAAAUCGGAUGGUUCCCCGCUACGUACGUCAAGAUCCUGCAGGGCGGACGAAACAGUGGCCGCAAUACUCCAGUGUCUGCUAGCAAAGUGGAACUGAACGAAACUAUUCUUGACAAAGUAAUAGCACUGUACCCGUACAAAGCGCUCAACGACGACGAGCUGUCGUUCGAGAAGGACGACAUCAUAGCGGUCCUCGGCCGGGACGAACCCGAAUGGUGGCGUGGGGAGCUAAACGGAACAACGGGUCUCUUCCCCAGCAAUUACGUCGGGCCGUUUGUGACGUCAGGUAACGUAUAACGAGAAUGGUGGUCAUCUUCUACUGUAUCGCAUGAUUUGCAUGGCAAAACAACCACCAACAAAAGCAUCUACUCAACACCUACCACAACCACCACCAAUAAUGAAAGCUGCAUUGCUUCUAUCCACCAGAAGGACGGCGUCAAUAAUAAUAAUAAUGAAAACUAUUAUAACAAUGAAAGUAACAAUUAUACAAGAUAUAGUAAUAUAACCAAGAGCGACAUCAGCAACAAUAAUCACUCGACAAAUGCUAUUGAUUCAUGGAACUAAUUUGCUAAUACUGCUGAUCUAAAACCACACAGUUAAUAUAGAUAUGUAUGUGUAAUUGCCAUAGACUACACCUCACAGCUACAGUCACGAAAAAGGAAGAAAAAACACAAAUCACUCAAAUCACACACAAACACAAUAGAAACCCCGAUGCUGAAACAAUCCACUGCACUAGUGCGAUACAGUGCCAUCUGCGUUUUGAAUCCUCUCUACAACUUAAACCUGCAUGCAACAUCGAUCGGUAGCAUCUAUUGGGUUGAAGAAAAAAGAAACAAAAGAAUGUAGAAACUAAUACCAAAUAAUCGUUGGCUCUUUACACACUGUUAUUCGAUGAGUAAAACAGGCAACUUUCUUUCCUCUAUAUCAUAUCUUAAAAAUUAUAUGAGCAUUCAAAAGGACAAAACCAAACAAAAAUCGAAAAAAUUGUUUCUUGUUAUUUAUGAUAGCGAAUCGUUCGUCAGUAUUCAGUAUGUUUACCUUACAACAGCAUUGUUGUGAUAGGUUUUCAUCGCUAGCUUUAGAACUAGUAAUAUGUAGUUUGAAUUGCUGCGCAAAAUCACGCAAAUUUGCUUCCAAGCAAGGAUUUAGUUAUCUGAAGAGAAAAUGGCAGUUGAUUCUACACAACCACAACUAAACAAAUACUCACAAACAAUCGGCGUUGUGCAUGGUAACGUGUGAAAGAUGAAGAAAUCAAUCUACCGAUAGCUUAGACAUCUUAUCAGAGAACAAAAAGGUUACAAAAUGGCAUUUCCAACGAUCAAUAUUCGAACUAUGUUAAGUGUUUUUGAAAGCUUCAGAUUUUAUUCUCGUUGAUGUAUCUUUCCUUUCCUCGAAAAGCUGUAGAAACGAACUCACACUCUCUCACACACACAAAUUACAUCAGUACGCAAAUACAUGAGGAGAGCAUCGAUAGUGCUAAAUAAAUGUUGAAAUCAUAUCAGUUUUUAAGUGUACCCUAAACAAGCAUCUAAUAUCUCUAUUUCGCUCAAAUCGUGCAGCUGUAUAUAAAUAUAAAGAACCGAUGAUCUACACCAUAGAAUGAAUGAUUUCACCGAACAGCAAUAGGACAGGUACUUUUAGCAAUGCUGUAUUCGAGACAUGCAGAUUCUAGGUUAUCGAGGUCGUUUUUAUAGUUCAUUUAUAAUUUUUAGUUAUCGUAUGCCAAUAUGCCACCGCGAAAGGUAUGUACUCUCAAUCAAGAAUAGUUUUAAACAAGCGUACAUUAUUGCUAGUUAUUUCGUUGUACUAAGAAACUAUAUAAAUAUAUAAAUAUGGACAUUAUUGCAUAAAGACACAAACACAUAAAACUUAGACAACAUAUUAUAAAUAUACAUGUAUGGGUUAUAUUGAACAAUAAAGAGUAGAAACAGAGAAAUCAAACAAACUUAACCAAUACCAGUUGUAAUCACGAACCGAAUCAAUUACAAUAACAAAAAAGUAUGUAUAUUAUGAAAAAAAAAAAAGAAGAUGCAUCCGAACUACGUUCAACGCAAAACAGAGACAUUAAAAAUGGACAAAAGAAAAUAAAAGUUGGUUCUUCAAAGCAUACAAUAUGAAA